AUGCCAACAGAUAACCGUGAACAGGAUGAUUCUGAACGAUCAGAAUCAUCCUAUUCGGAUGAUCAUGCCGACGAAUUCGACCCGGAGGAGAGUACAAGUUCGGAGGAUAAUUUGGGCGUUCCGGUAAGGAACGUGGUAACGCAGGCAUUCUUCGACAGCAUAAUAAGGAAGGCAGCUCCAAAUUGCAAGGGGAAGCGAUUCUACACCAGGGCUGCUUUCCUCACCGCGACCCGAUCCUAUUUCUACCUCGCUGCUUUCUUCGCCCAUGUCACGCACGAAACUGGAUCGUUAUGCUAUACCGAGGAGAUUAAGAAAUCGCGGUACUGCGACCCGAAGGCGAAGAAGUGGCCGUGCGCCCCUGGGAGGCAGUACUACGGGCGGGGCCCGCUCCAGCUGACGUGGAACUACAACUACGGGCCGUGCGGGCGAGCCAACAGGUUCGACGGCCUGAAGAAUCCGGACAUCGUGGCGAGGAACCGGGUGGUGGCCUGGAAGGCUGCGCUGUGGUUCUGGAUGAAGAACGUCCGGCCCGUGGUGGGCCGCGGGUUCGAGCCCACGAUUCGGGCCAUCAACGGCGCCCUGGAGUGCAACGGGAAGAAUCCUGGUGCUGUCAAAGCUCGCGUCGACUUCUACAAGGGCUACUGCAAGCGCUUCGGUGUCGCACCGGGGCCUAAUCUCACCUGCUAA